AUUUUUCUUUUUGGCUGCUUCAGAAUACAUCUGCGGAUGAUUUGUCUGUCCAACUGUCAUAUGGACCUAGAUGGAUCACAUAUGUGUUUGGCAUUGGUGGAAUGACGGUGAUCAUGUGGGCUGCCUUCAACUUCUUAAACAAGUUCCAAUGCCACCGUGAAGAUGAGAGUCGAAAUCAACAUGCAGAAGUUGGAUCUGACAGGGCACCUCUUCUUUCUCGAAAAGAUGACGAUCUCUCAAGUUGGGGUUCAUCUUAUGAUUCUCUCUCCAAUGAUGAGGAUGAUCUUGAGGAAUUUCUGGAAGCCAGUACCAGUCAAGGGACAUCACUUAGAGAUGGUGAAAAUAGUAACAAUACCCGACGCCUUUGUGCAAUUUGCUUUGAUGCUCCUAGGGACUGCUUUUUCCUUCCCUGUGGGCACUGUGUGGCCUGUUUUGAAUGUGGAACAAGAAUAGCAGAAGCUGACGGAACGUGCCCAAUUUGCCGUAGAAUCAUGAAGAAGGUGAGAAUGAUUUUUACGGUGUGAAAAACAUGCAGCUUCAUGUUACACACAGACUGCUUCAAUUAAUUUCAAGCUUGGAAGUGUUGUACACUAUUGAUUUUUCAUGCCGAUGGGAUGUAUUCAUCAAAGUUAAAUGAAGACCAGAUAUCAGCAUUUUUUCAAGAAGUGGAAUGACCCUGCAUUUUAUUUACCGAGUUGGCAUUCCGCCAUGUAUCAGUCCACAGAAUACAAUAGCACAUGCAAAAUUUUACAUGUAGAAUCCUUGUUCGCUCCUUUUUCUUUCUUUUUAUUUUACCUUCUUUUCAAUGGUAGAUACAUGGAGUGCGGCGUUUCAAUUUGCUUUGUUUUGUAAUUGUGCCGAUGCUCAUAAUUCAUUCUGAGUUAUUGAAUUUCUGAUAAAAAGACAGCAAUUGA